AGCCCGGGUUUCCCAUAUUUGCCUGCUGCAUGACACUCAUUUCAUUGUCGGUCUUCCUGAGCGUUAUUUUUGAACUCGUUUGGCCACAAUAGAAAUGUCAGGGAGCAUUGAAGAGAAGUACAUUGCCUGGCGUAACAGGUACCUGCGCAGCUAUGCGGAUGGCUACUACAUUUAUUACAAGGAGCCUAAGGAAAAGCUCCCUGAAAUGACCUGCAGUGAAGCUCAUGGAUAUGGUAUGCUGAUUUCAGUACUCAAGCGCAACCAACAGGACUUUGAUGGCCUCUGCCGGUACUUUCUUCGAUUCCGCAAUAGAUACGGAUUGAUGCAAUGGCAACAACAGCAGAAAAAUCUCCAAGGGCCAUUUAUCCCAGGCGGUGAAGGAGGUGAAAACUGUGCCACGGAUGGUGAUGUCGAUAUUGCAACUGCCCUGUUUUUGGCUGCCAAGGUUUGGGGCCGUGGUGGACAGCAAAGGGAAAUUGACUAUCGUGCCAUUGCUAUCGAGCUUUGUGGUGCCAUUUGGGAGAAAUGCAUCAAUCACAGAACUCACAUGCCGUUGGUAGGAGACUGGUGCGAUGAAGGCGACGAUGCGUAUAAACUAACGAGACCAAGUGACUUCAUUCUGAGCGGAUAUUUGUUGUUUGCAAGGGAGGAUACACAAAGAUCUCAACAAUGGCACGGUGUUUGCAAUGCCAUUGUCAGCGAAGUUCAGCGUCAAUUCUCCCUUCACCCAAAUACCGGUCUCCUUGCUGACUUCCUGCAGCUCAACCGACAUGGCGUGUAUGAGAUUCCACGUGGCGAAGUCCUCGAAGACAAGCACGAUCCCGACUACAACUGGAACUCCUGUCGUGUUCCAUGGCGUCUUGGCCACUACUAUCUCCAAACUCGAGAUGAACGACUUGGUCCUGUUUUAAAUGCUCAGGCCAAUUUCUUUUCCCAAGAACUUCGACGUCACGGAGAAAUUAGAGCUGGAUACCAUCUGAAUGGUAAAAGCUUUGUUGACUACACGGAUAUGGCAUUUCUUGCACCUGUCAGCUUCUUAUUCUGGGUUCUUGGACGUAUGGAUGACCUCAAUAGGAUUACGUCGUGCAUGAACGAACAAGAUGAGAACACUUAUUUUGGUGAAACUAUUGCCAUGCUGUGUUUGCUGCAGUCAGCUGUACAAUUUUAAAUGCGCGAAUCAUCAAAUAUUACAGUACUGUGCUCUAUAAGUUUGUAGCAUAUUGUAUUUUUCUUUCAAGAAACUUUGUUCUGAUUAUGCCUGUUCGAUUUUUAA